AUGUGUACAUUUAUGAUAUUCAGCAUGAGAAGAGCAGCAGGAGUGCAUAUGCGAGCUUCGCGUCACCGUAUAAUUGCUUUAACUGGACAAGAACAGAAGAAACUCGCUCCAUCAUUGAAGAAAGGGCAACGAAAAGAGCUCACACAGCAGAUCAAAGCAAUCUCGGCCGCUCGGGACAACACGUGCAAUACUGUGGAAAAUCUUCCCAUUCGAUUCAAAAAGUAAGU